ACAAUUAUCCGCCGGCCUACAGCACGCUGCACUUUACGACACUGCCGCCUACCGUAUUGUGUAUAGUGUACGGACACGCUUACCGUAUUACAUCUAGCUUACACAGCUAUGCAGUCACAGGGAUGUCACGGCGAAGCUGGAUGUUCACUUGCUACCUUAUAUCGAAUCUACGUACAGUUCCGUCGCAUGUAUACCGUAAUACAUUUCAUCUGCUAAGCUAACACACUACUGGCUAGACAAAUGGAAAACUACGGCUAAUAAGCUGGCCGAAAAGCUGCGGCAUUGUGAAAGAGAAUCAUGGCGUUAUCAGGGAAUCCCCACACCGUUUCUGAGCACGUAACCGUGUUAAAGUCUGGAAGGCAGUCCCAGAUCACCAAGUGCACGACGUGCUGUAGUUUAUACCACUGUCCAUUCUGCAAGCCGACAGUAUAUAAACCUAACCAGCUGUAUGCCGUUCAAAUCCAUUUACAGAACCACUUGAACCUGGCGGUUCGGCACGAAGAUUAUGUUAUUGUAAAAUGUAACUUGGACUGCCGGAAAACAGCACAUUUUCAUUGCUGCUACUGUUCAGCUACUGUGAUCAGGAGGGUACAACUUAUAAGUCACAUUUCGAAAUGCAGACCUUUUCAGUCCUCAGCCAGUCAAGCAGUACACCGCCCACCAAUAUGCAUAAUCCAGCGUUUAUCAACAGACCCUGCACAAACCUUGUUGCCAGCAUUAACACCUUCCACUCCAUCAUCAGCUGGACCUGCUUUAUCUUCCUCUCAGGUACACGUGUCUCCACCUCCAUCUCCAGCCAGCCCUUUACUACCUCCUUUACAGUCAUGCACACCUCGACCUCCAUCACAAUCCGGACCUGCAUUACUUCCUGCAUUGAAAACGUCUCCUCGACCUUCAUCACCAGCCGGACCUGCAUUGCUUUCUACUUUGAAAUCCUCGCCUCGAUCUCCAUCGCCAGUUGGACUUGCAUUUCUUCCUUCAUUGAAAUCCUCACCUCGGUCCCCAUCUCCAGUUGGACCUGCAUUACCCCUUUUAUUGAAAUCCUCGCCUUCACCUCCGCCACCAUGUGCUUCUUCAUUACCUCCAUCUCCUUCACCAUCAAAUGAUCCAUCACCAGCAGUCUUAAUCCCACCUAGAGUGAAAGUGCAAGUUCAGAAGCAGAUAAGAGUAAAGUGCAUACAUUGUGGGAUGGUAAUUAAUAAAAAGAAUUUGAGAACCCACCUUGGACGAAAGCACAUGGACAUUAGAGAGAACAUAACCGCACGAAAACAUCUGAAAAGCCAAUGCAUUGACCGUCUAAAUGGAAUCUAUGCUGUGGAAAAAUCAUUUUUUAGUCCGGCUACACCUAUUCAUGUACAGAAAAAAACAUGGGGGACAAACCAUUCAGUUAUCUGUGAAAUGAAUCAGUGCAAUACACAUGAAGAGCUUUCUAUGAGAGAUGGCUUCGUGCCUUUUGAGUGCAACCACAUUAAAUCUUUAACUUUUUGCACCUUCAGUGUUGAGGACCAAAUUUUCCUGAAAGAAGAGGUUCUGAACCAGAUGGUACAGUUGAAAUGGUUUGGAGAUGAAAAGAAAAACAUUUGUUUACGAAGGAAAGAGAUGGCUAUUGCCCGUGCUGCGCCACUUUCUGUGGAGUUGACCAUUGGAGCACCUUUAGCUAAUAAAUACAUAUCAGUGUUUGAGCCAAAGGUCUCCUCCUACAGCAGGUUGGGAAGGGUCAUUGUAUCAUAUGACACCAAGACAAACACUUGGUCCUGCCCAUGUAACAAGACACAGAGGUCAUGCAUUCAUAAAACAAUCUCUAAGUGGCACCUCUUUCAAACUAACAAACAACUUUUUGAGAAUGUGAUGGGCACAGAAAGUGACACUGUGAUGGACACUUUCCCACAGCUCUCAACCGAUUCCUUAGAUGAAGAGGACCAUGAAGAGUUAGAGAGGACCAUCUAUCCACCAGAUUAUGCUGGAGUAGAAAGAAUGAUCCAGUAUCUUUUAAAAGAGAAGUCUCUCCCUGCAUCUCUCCCACAAAGUGUUGUUAACGCUAGCAGUCGUUACAGUGGCAUUCCAAAGGUUUUGAUUCCAGAGGAGACUAUUUGCACAGAGUGUCCUGAUUUUCAAAUUCUGAGUGAUCCUAUGCUGAUUACUUCAAAAGCCAAAGUAUUAGCAUAUACAGGUGUCACAGAAGGUGUUUCCACAUACUUUAGGACAUGCUACAAAUGUGGGAUGACGUACCGUUACCAGGAGUGGAAGAGUGGCCUUCAUAAUUUUAACGAUCGUCUCAUCAUUACUUUGCAUUUGUGCCUUGUUCUUCGGAAUUCUCUCCAGAUGCACACAGCUGUUUCUCAUGUGAUUGAAGCACUAGAGGCAACAGCAAAUGCUUGUUUCCCAAGUAAAGAAGAGGUGCUUCAGGCUUAUCUUCACUUUGAAGCCUUAACCAGUUUGGACUACUUGUACUUUUGUGUCACCUGUGGCUAUUGCCCUGCAGUUGCCAUCAUGGACUUUCAUAAAAAAGGGGUCUUUAACAUGCCUGUGUGUGAAAUAAAAGCCCCAUCUUCAGAUUACAAUGGCAAAGUCAAUAUUGAGCAAUUCUGGGAUGCAGUUACCAGGGAGAUUGUAAGCCUUGGCUUUUUAGAAGGUUUUCAAAAGAACCCUUUCAUUGUCCCUCCAAGUUAUGAUUUUUGGGCCCCUUGGAUUGGUUUCUACACCAGGAAAGACGACCUUGUCCUAAAUACAGAACAUGCCAAGCUUAGUACAAGCACUCUGGCUUCGGAGGUAAUAGGCCCAGAAAUGACAGAGGACAGGCUUGCUGACGAACUUCUGAAUCUGAAGGUGGAAGAAGUGAGGCAUCUAUGCGAACAAUGUGGUGUGGACCCAAAGGGCUCUAGGAUGGACCUUCUUCUGAGGCUCAGAGAGCAGAUGAUGAAGUCAAGAUCCUUAUUUGACAAGAUAUUUGAGAAAGUCUGGGGAGCCUCUGGUGGUUGGGCAGUAAUCACAUGCCCCUGUGGAGUGGUGUACUCUAUUAAACGUAACAUCAGAGCAGAGUCUCCAAGAGAUUUUGCAGAUCUCUUGCUGUCAUGGAAGCACAUACCAAAUGUGUCCAUUUAUGAAUUUGCUGGAGGCCUGGCAACUCAUACGAACCUAAGGGAAUGUAAUUCUUUGCCAUUUAGCCCUCAUGAGGGACAACUGCUCAGCCCUCUACCAGAAAAUGUUGAAAAGGCAGAGAAGGGUGAACUGACUGUAGACCUGCCCUGGCUUAUGGGUAAGAAGGCAGAAGAAGAUCCAGAUUGCCAUCCCCUAACGGGAUCAUCGGAGCAUUAUGUACUCUAUAACACCUUUCAUGAAGGCAACACCAAAGAUCCAAGAGAUGUCCUUAGAAAGUCAGAUUUGAUUCCACAGCUAGCUGGUUGGGUAAGGAGUGACACAGUGGAGCAGUUGUUUGCAAGUAUGAGGAAGAACAACAACUUUAUGAACGGUAUGACUCCAUCCAUGCAAGUAUUUCUUACACGAAACAUCAUUCACCACUACAACAGUUCAAAGAAUGAGACCAGCUGCACACUGAACCAGGAGAACAACGAGGUAACAGAGCGAUAAAACAGAAGGCAUAGCAGGUAUUAUUCUUGUGCAGUUUUGUAUAGUUUACACUUACCAGCGUGCUGUCAAAGAUCACAUAUUCUGGCCAAAGUUUUAUAUCUUUAUUGUGAUUGGUGCUCUUAAGAAGACCCCAAACUCAGAAUGACACUCAGACACCAGAAAAUGAAGCUAAGUAAGGGUGUAUUGCAGGGAAAAGGGCUUUAAGAGAAGAAGAAGAGUGCAGGAAUACACACAAGAGUUUGAAAUGACAAACAAUAAGCCAUACUAACUACCUUUCUCCUCCUGUUCAAAUCCUACUACCCACAUGGUGAGACCCUGAGCAAGUCACUUGACCUGCCUUUGCCCAAAUUGGAAAACCAAAAGAAACGUAACCAGUAAGUCGCCUUGGAUAAAGGGAUCAGACAUAUAAGUAAAUGUGAAUGUAUUCAGACCCCUUCUUUUUUUUAACACAUUUUGUGGUGUUGCAUCUUUGCAUUAAAAUCAUUUAAGUUAAUUUUUCCCCACAUAUCGAGCAACACUCAAUACCCCAGAAAUGACAAAGCAGGAUUUUAGAAGCUUUUGCAGAUUUAUUAAAAAUAAAGAACUGAACUAUCACAAUGACACGUUCAGACUGCUUACUGAGUACUUCAUUGAAGUCCCUUUGGUAGUAUUUUCCAGACUGAAGUCUUCUGGGGUUUGACACGACAAGCUUUGUACACCUGGAUUUGGAGAUUUUUCUGUCCUCCUUUUCUGCAGAUCCUCUCAGGCUCUGUCAGGUUGGAUGGAGAGAAAUACAUUGGAUGGGGUCCUGAAUACUUUCUAAGUUCACUGUAUGCCACUGGUGCAUCCUCUUCUACCUCAUUGUCAGGCGAGUACUUGCCUCUUCUCCAUACCUGACUUCAGGUGCCCCUGAGGAACAUUUCUAGGUCAUCUAAGCCCACCUCAGAGGAGUAAGGCUCCGCACUAGGAGCUCCCUCAGGUGCCAUUGCCUGUCCAGUGGGCCUCAGUCUUUCAAAGUCUCUCUCUCUUCUCAUUGCUGCCUUCUAGUUCCUAUCCUCCAGGACACCUUCUAGGUGGGAGGAUGACAUACUGUCCCAGGAAUGUUCCAAAUAAUCCUGUCAAUGAAAUAUAAACCCCCCUCUUGAUGUGGCCAGAUGUCUAUUAACCUUUGCAAAGUAGAAACAUUUUGACUUUCAUUUUUGAAAGACCUGCUGAGCUAUCUUUGUGCCAUGUUGAUAAAGUGUUGGCACCUUGUUAUAUUCCUAUUACACUCAACCAAAAAAUGCAUAUUAAUUAUGACAUCACCACAAGAUGACAGAAACUGCCUGAGGGGAAUAAUUUUCAAAUGUCUCAGAUCCUAACUAAUAAUCUGAGGUGAAUAAAAAAAAGAUGCAUAACUCGAGCCAAAAGAUUAGGGCCACAGUUUAGAAGAGAGGCCAGUGCACGAGUCGGGAUGUCAACUGUACACCUAUGGCAUGCAUCACCCAGUUGUCACCUUUAUAAUGCUGUCCAGCUCAUGCCGCAAUUCAUAGUGACACAGUCUGUGAAUUUUCUUUUCAUGAUGGAAACAAAAAUGAGUUUGACUGAAGUGCCUUGUUUGUGAAAGGCGUUGCGGUCAAUCUUGAAUAGAUGUUAUUGUGACUGUCUGGACACACAUUUUCAUGUGACCGUCUUUUCAAAUGUGUUGUUUUUCAGUUCCAAUUUCAUUAUGUCAACCAUGGGAUGUUUAGAGUGUGGAAAGUCGUCCACUGGGAUACAACGGACAUGGCCAAAAUGGAGUUUAGAGGGGUUUCUGCUCCGCCAUAGAUUUUUCAGGAUUCUGUUCAGCAGACUGACUCUACCAGGCUGGCAGAAACGCUGGCCGAACACAUGAUGUACAUACAGUAGUUCCAUAUAGGAAAUGGCAGGAUGGCCGAGUGUGGCUAAAUGCUAUUUUAUUAUACUUAUUAAUGCUGUUUGCUGUAUAAAUAAACAUUCAUUUUUAUGCA